AUGGCAUGCUCUGAGAGCUAUCCUAAACAUACGCUUCGGCCCCGGCGCCGCAACGCUGCCCCCAAUGUCACGAGGAUACACAUGGAGUUCGCCAGGCGCGCAGAAGACGGCCAUUUCGGUCCCAAGUCCGUUCACCCCCCUACCCGACCUUCCGCCCUCGAGCGCAGCUACUACAACCCCGCCGUCCCCAUGAUUGUCAACCGCAAAGCCAACAACGAGGGCGCCGCCGUCAUGUCCGUCUACUUCUCCACCACCGAUGCACCCGUCGACCCGUCUACCUUGCCGCAACCCCCUUCCUCCGCUAUCGACAACAGCAAGGCCCAGCCCCCGCUCGAGGGCGUCGAGCGUGUCGUCAAGAUCGACAUGAAGGGCAAACACUCCCAGGAAAUCCUCGACCGGUUCCUCGCCGAGACCAAGGCUGAGGCCAUCCUGCCCGGGCCGGAGGACGAGAACGAGAUGAAGGCUGUCGAGGAGCUCAGAAUCAAGGGCGAGAAGGACCGCCAGCGCAAUCUCAAGAUUCGCGAGGAGGAGAAGAGGGAGAAGGCCAUGUUGGCCAGGGCGCGUGCCGAGGCCAGCUCGUAA